AUGACAUCUUCUAUAACAACAACAACAUUUCAAUCUGUAUUUAGAGUGAAAUACAUUAGUGGUUUGAAUCAUUUAAUUCUAUCAAAACAAUUGUAUAAAGGCUUUGGAGACGAUGGCGUUGAAAUCAAUAAACUUCUCAACAACCAUUUAAAAAAGAGAAAAGUGAAAUACAUCAAUCAUUUAAUAUUCAAUCAUAUCAAUGAUAUAUCAAAACAAUUGUAUAAAGGCUUUGGAGACGAUGGUGUUGAAGAUGGUAAACAACGAUCAUUAAAGGGAAGAGAUAUCAUCAAGUUACCUCGACUCGAAAUGAUAUCACACUUUGCAAUGCCUUGGAACUUUCUAUGUCAUUAUCUACCGAAAGAUUAUGGUCUUUUACUAUAUGAACGAAUGCAAAGAGUGAUCAUUGAAUACUGUCAUCAUCCCAAUGCAACAUUGGAUACACUCGAACAUCUAUUGGAAUGGUCUCAAGUUGACAUUGAUUGGGACCACUUGAACAUAUAUCCAAACGAUAAAACUUGUCAAAUAUUAGAAUAUCUUGUAGAGAUAUGUUCAAAAGAGAAUGGAGAGAAUCGUAGCUUUCUCAAUAUAGCAAUGCGAACUGCAUGCGAGAAAAACUACCUAUCGACUGUCAAGUUGAUAGACUCUUUCAAAGAUGUUCAGCUGGAUGAAUCAGCAAUGAAUAUUGCUAGUAUGUACGGAAGCGUUGAUAUUGUAAAGUAUUUACACGAGAAUAGAACUGAGGGAUGCACAUCAUAUGCAAUGGACGACGCAGCAGGAGGUGGACAUUUAAAUGUUGUAAAGUUUCUUCAUUUUCAUAGGACCGAAGGAUGUAGUGAGUUUGCUAUGGAUGGUGCCGCUCAAAAUGGUCAUUUAGAGAUUUUCUUACAUCAACAUCGUACUGAAGGAUGUACUAUUGAUACCAUUGAAUUUGUGAGCCAAAAUGGACACAUCGAUGUCUUAAAAUUCCUACAAGAGAAUCGUAGUGAAACCGAAACAACAACCAAUGCAAUGGAUUAUGCAGCUAAAAAUGGUCACAUUGAAAUUGUAAGUUAUCUUCAAGAGCAUCGUACAGAAGGUGCAUCGACCGAUGCUAUAGAUGAGGCAGCUCGAAAUGGACACAUUGAAGUUGUAAAGUAUCUUUAUGAGCAUCGUGGUGAAGAUGUAUCGCCCGGAGUUAUAGAUGAUGCAGCUAAAAAUGGUCACAUUGAAGUUGUAAAGUAUCUUUCAGAGUAUAGUAGUGAAGGUGCAACAACCAAUGCUAUGGAUAUGGCAGCUAAAAAUGGUCAUAUUGGUGUUGUACAGUAUCUUCACCAACAUCGUAGUGAAGGUGCAACGACCUAUGCUAUGGAUGGGGCAGCUGAAAAAGGACACAUUGAUGUAGUACGGUACCUUCAUGAACAUCGUAGUGAAGGUGCAACAACUUAUGCUAUGAAUGAGGCUGCUGAAAAUGGCCACACUAAUGUGGUAGAGUUUCUUCAUUUCAAUCGUACAGAGGGUGCAUCGACCAAUGCUAUGGAUGGUGCAGCUCAAAAUGGACACAUUGAUGUUGUAAAGUUCCUUCAAGAGCAUCGUAGUGAAGGCGCAACAACCUAUGCUAUGGAUUAUGCAGCUGAAAACGGCCACUUUGAAGUGGUCAAGUACCUUCAUUUCAACCGUAGUGAAGGUGCAACUACUGAUGCUAUGGAUUUAGCAGCUCGUCUUAAUCACAUUGAUAUUGUCAAAUUUUUACAUUUUAAUCAAAGUGAAGGAUGUGAUAGAGCUAUCGAGUUUGCGUGUGGCUAUGGUCAUCUAGAUAUAUAUCAAAUCACUAAAACUGAAAAGGCUGUUGAUAAAGCAAAAGCAUUUUCUGAUGAAUUUUAUAAAAAGAUGACCAAGAGUAGUAUGAACUUUGUCAAUUAUGUAGAGAAUCUAAUUACUGAUAAAACAACGAGUACUCGUGAAAUCUUGGGCUUUGUAAAUGUAGAAGACUACUAUAUCAGAAAAGAUGCCGAGACCAAUUUCAUCACCCUUGUUCUCUACUAUCUCGACGAAGAGGUAAGAACCAUUUUGGAUUGGACCAAACCAACUCCUCAUCCAAGACUGCUAGAGAUCUCUUCAAGUGACAAAGUAAGAACCUGGUACAAAAAGUAUGCACUCCUCUAUGCCCAUUACCGUGUCAGUGAGGAUGCUAAAGCCAAACUUAACAUUCCUUUAAUAGAAAAAGCAAUCAACAAAAUGGCAUCAUCUAGAAUCCAUUCCAAACAAUUGGCUGCUAUUUUCAAAUUCUCAUACAUUGAACGUAAUCCAAGAAUGGUUCUGUACCUCCCAAAUGCAACCAAAUGGCUUGGAGAAGUGAAACCCUUUUAUUUGCAUACCGAUCGUCUCAAAGAAUGGGAGCAUGACUUUAAAGAGAAAUACCAAAAAAAUAGGGCAGGAGUAGACUCUUCUGACUAUGGUCUUGAUAAUAUCAAAAACACAUUGGAUUUAUUAGAUCCAACUGGAAAGUCUUCAACAGAAGUAGCUCAUUAUUAUAAAUCCUCGCAAUAUGGAUACAUUGCUACAAUGGCAAGCUAUGAAAACAUUACAAGAAGUGGUAGAGAUAUUCAUGGUAUUUCGGUUGAACUACAGACCAAUAAUAUUAUGAAUCAGAUCCAAGAAUUGGAAAAAAAAUCUGUUUUGACUGCAGCUGAAAAAGAUUAUUUUAAAAUAUACAAGGAUCUUGUUUUGGCGGCCGGUGAUUUUGCUGGUCUCAAAUCAUUGCUCGGUAUUACCAUAAGAAGGGCCAAUGAACGCAUUGCACCAUACGUGGACAUUAAAGAUAGCUAUCGUUUUGAUAGAUUUAGAUCGCCAGAAUUUUUGGAAGGCCAAAUGAGAUCAGUGUAUCCUGAACAAUUGGCCAAGGUUCCCAAAGGUAUCAACUUUUUCAUGUCACUUUGGAGAGGUUCUCAAUCAAUUGCCAUUCUAAACAACGUUAUCAACUAUGACCAUAAAAAAGGGUUGCUCAACAAUGCUCAAGUGGUUGGCGACUCUGUCUCGAUGGUACUCGAUUUCUUCACAUCGUUUGAAAAGGUUGACCGAGCUUUCACAACCCCAUUUGCAUUUUUGGGAAAAUCCAUUGCAAAAGGACUGGCCAAAUUCAAGUAUGAACGUGUUGUAAAUGUACUCACCAAAGGAAUGAAAUUCUUGGCCGCUUCUUCAUUCAAUACAUUUGUAAGCACAAGGCUAUGCCCAGCGCUCCUUGUCCUUUCAUCUGCACUCAAUGUCAUCGAUAUUGUCAAAGAUUAUGAAGAAGGAGAUUGGGGUUCUUUGGUCAUGGAUGUUGCAUCACUUGGUCUAAACAUUGCUUCCAUCAUAUUGUUGGUGAUUGGCUCGUCGUUGGCUGGACCAUUAUGCUUGCUAUUCGCUGGGCUGACACUUCUUUUUGGUGUUGUCAAAGAAAUCAUCAAAAAGCCAGAGCUCACACCUGCUGAAAAGUUUAUGCAGUCAAAACAUGUAUUAAAAGAAUAUAUCUUGGUUCCUGCUGCUUAA